AUGGCUGACCUCGCUCAAGAAGAAGCUGACCGCUACUUCUCUUCCCGGGACCACACGACUUCACAUCCCGAAGACCAGGACGAUCGCUCGACAGGUUCUUCUGACCACCAAGCUGAACCGGCUUUUGACGAGGAUCGCUCAGAUCAGGGCACCGACGACGACGAUGAUUACAUGGCUACCAUGACCGCUACUAGGAGUACAUACCACAUUCCCACGCAGGCGCACUAUGCCAACACUGGGCCAAAAGGCGUCAUUGCAGACGCCCAGUCCUUUGCUCGUGCUAAACAAUCCACCUUCCGCCAACGCCUCGCCAGUUUCGCGGGCAACUUCACUUCAAACACGGAAAAGGCCGAGAAAGGGAAAGCCAGCUCAGGGUCGCCCAAAUCUACAUCCUCUGACUCCAACAAUGCCCACCUCUCGGAUGACGAAGCAGACUCGGAGUUCAUGAUGACGUGGCGAGCAAACCGCCUACAAGAGCUGGCGUCUCAAUCGCAAGCCGGCCAUGCCUCACAAAGGAGGCAAUCUCCCAGUCGACGGACUUGGGGUACCUUCGUCGAAGUCGACGCUGACGGCUACCUUGACGCCAUAGAAAAAGUGCCUGACGACACUGUUGUGGUGGUGAUGAUCUACGACCCUUCUUCGUCGACCAGUUCGGAGAUCGAAGACGAGCUCUCUAUGUUGGCAUACAAACACAACAAAACCCGCUUCGUGCGGAUGAAUUAUGAGAUUGCAGAGAUGCAGUCGAUCGAGGUUCCAGCGCUCUUGGCUUACAAGGCUGGGGAUGUCUUCGCCACAAUAUCAGGUGCACGGGCUGAGGGCUUAGAAGGUGUCUUGCUAAAGUAA